CGCGCAUGCGCACUGCACACAGUAGCGUGGGUAAUGGCUGGCGUAUGUAGGAUGUUUUGUUAUGUGCUUGCUUUAAGUUCAACUCGACUUUACGCUUCCAGUAAAACUUCCUGACAGACAUCUCGCGGUUUAUUGGCGUGCGUUUGUGCUGUGAGCGGUGUCACAGACCGUCACAAUGGAUUAGUGUGUGUGUGAGAGAGAGAGAGAGAGAGAGAGAGAGAGAAGUUUGGCUGUAGACACCUACACACGGAUUCCUGCUCGCUCUGUGUGUGUUCAGUCCAGGAGAUCUGAAUGUGUUUAAUAUCACACACACUCAUACAGCUCCAACACCAUCAUCAUGAUGAGCUCCAGCAGAGAUGUCGUGGUGUCUACACACACCUCCUGGGUGUGUACAUCUCACACUGAGCUCAGAGAGAUCCUCAUCACACCACAGGAAGAGCUCAUCACCGAGGCUGGCCUGGAUCCUUCUGCUUCUGCUCUGUGUGAGCCUGUGCGCUUGGAGCGAGCGGAGGAAUCCUCGCCGUGCGUCAUCACCCUGCUGUGUCGACCCGAUUCAGGCGCCGUCAUCAGCAGCCUUCAGGUGGCGAGCGAGGCGAGGACUAUCGAGGUCUACUCGCUCUCCGGGGACUACUGCGGGACGAGCCGUGGUGAGGAGGAUCCGAGAUUCCAGCAGCGCAGUGGUGAAGAUGAAAGACCCUUCUACAGGAGCCACUUGGUGUUGGAAACCCCGCUAGCGUCAUGUGACGUCAAGCUGCUCUCUCUCGGCGGCCGGUCGGCUGUGGGAAUCCGUCAGGUGGUCGUCGGACUGCGGUUCCGUCCGGGAGCAGAGUUCCAGCCCGGCUCGGACGCUGGCAUCGACCUUCAUCGUGUCCAGGCCAUGAUGGAGGAGAUGGGCACCACUCUCUCCCCCGGGGCUCAGAACCUCAUGGAAAUGGUGCAGUUUCAGCAAAAGAACAAAGCCGACGUCCUUGGUGGCUUCUUGCCCCUGCUGAUGGGUGGUGGUGCGCUAGCAUGCUUGGCCAAAGGGGCUAAAGUGACGGGAGAUGUUGGCUCUGAUGGUGCACCGGCACUGCCUGGGCAUCAAGCCGGAAUGUUCUGUGCCAACCAGAGAGGCGUCCUAGACGCCGUGGCAGGUGGUCCGGGUGGAAACCACAGUCCUGUUAGCCCUGAUCUGCUUCCCAUGCUUCAGAGCGUGUGUGGUCAGGUUACACAACUCCGCCUGGACACUUUGACCUCACCAGAGAAGAAGACGAACGGAGAACGUGAGGAUCACAUGUGCUGUGGAGGUCUGGAGAAAGUUCUGGAGAAAGUGGUGGAGAAACGUAUGCACGAUCUGGAGAACAGGUUGAAGGAGCACAUGGACACACGCCUGGAUGCUCUUCAGAAACGAUUGGAGCUCACACUACAUCAGCUCGCGCUCGUCACCAGCACGACAAACCCGCAAUAACCCUGCUGACCCGGAAAACCCGAACCGGUGCUAGCACAAGCAGCUAAAGUGCUUUCUGAGGACGAGAUUAUUUAAAUAACUUGCUAACAGUUCGGUUGAAGGAAUUGUUGCUAACCUUUACGGUUUCUUCCUGAAACCCAUCUUAAACUUUAAUGGUUCUGCUAUGAAAUAAUGUUUCUAAGGUUACUUUUCCCUUAUUCCCUAACUUUUAUUGACCGUGACGGACACGCAGCUAACAAUUCACAUGACUCGGAGUCAAUAUUAUCGCCAGUGCUGCUUUUCCAACGUAAUAUUCACUGUAAAGACAUUUAUCACACUCGACGUUUGUUUUAAUCAGAAUUGAACUGGUUUGCCGUUUCAGUGAAAGAAAUGUUGUUCUGAAAUGUUUGUUUGUUUUUCACCCAGUGAAUUCCAGGAGGCUGAAUCCUGGACACUAGAACUUCACUCGAACACCUGAUUCACUCGGGUCAUCCUGGUCAAUUCUUUCAGCUGAAAACCAAAUCGGUUCAGCCUCCUGGGAUCUGAUCUUCAAUCAGUGGUCACCGAAACUGUUCCUAGAGAUCUACCUUCCUGAAGACUUUCACGCCACCUGACCGUCUGAUCGUUAGACGUUCUUGAUCACGAUUACGGCUGGAGAUGAAUCCUGCAGGAAGGUAGAUCUCAGAGAAGAUAGUGAUGGCUGGUGACCACUGGUUUAAAUCCUGUUCGUGUUGUUUGAGGUGUUUGUUUAUUGACAUUGUAUUAAUGGUUUAUAUUAAACCAACUGGAGAACUAAGGACAAAAAAAAACCCCCAGAACAUUAAAACGUGGUUAUACUGAGA